GGGAAGAAGGAGAGGAGAAAAAGACAGGAGGAUGAGGAGAAUGAAAGGAAAAGGAAGGAGGAGGAAGAGAUUAGGAUUGAAUCAGACGAGAGGAAACCAAAGAGCCUGCAAAAGCUGGAGACAGGAAUAGUGAAGGAGGAAAAAGCCAGAGAGGAGAAAUCAGCCACCACUGAAUGUUCCCCAACUGCCAGCUCUUCCCCCAUUGACCCCAGUGCCUCAGCCCCUGAGUCUGCCUUUGAGCUGAUGAGUGUAUCUCUACCAGAGCAGACAGAGCAGAGGAGACUGGCCUGGAUGAGGGACUGCACUUCCUGGUCCAAACUCUCUCUGCAGAACAAGAGGAAGCAGCAGCAGGGGGUCCGGACCCAGGGGAGGAGGGGGGCGAGGAGGGCUGCUGAGGGGAGCGGUUUACCCCCCCUCUGCCCAGACACACUCCUUCAGUCUGGGGCCUGGAACUCCCUUCAGGAGGUGACCACAGUUGUUCUGGAGGAUAUCCCUGGCUGCAGCCUCACUACGUUGUCCCAAUGCCCCAGACUGCAGACCCUCACCAUGAGACGCUGUGGCCUUACAUCCCUGGAGGGCCUCAGUAAAUGCACAGAGCUCCGCUACAUCGAUGUACAGGACAACUCAAUCACGUUUGUGGACUGUGAGAAUCUGGCUAACCUCAGAGUUCUUCGACUGGGCCGGAACCGUCUGACAUCCAUCCAUGGUCUGGCUGGUGCUGUGGAUCUGGACGUUCUGGAGCUCUCGCACAACUCCAUCACCCGCAUGGGUGGUCUGGAGCCAUUGAAGAGGUUGCAGAAGUUAUUGUUGGACCACAACCAGCUGAUCAGUACUAGAGGACUGAGAGAGGUGUACACGCUGCUACAGCUGGACUUGUCUCACAACCAUCUGUCCAGUGUAGAGGGUCUGGACAACUGUGCUCUGCUCAACACACUGGACCUGACGGGAAACAAUCUCACUGAGCUACCCAGUCUGAGGAACCAGGUCCUCCUGGUGGAUCUCCGUCUGGAGGACAACAGCAUCUCCUCACUGGAGGGCCUGACAGCCUGCUGGCUCCCCCUGAUGCAGCUCCUCUCUGGGGCCCAAAACAGUAUAACCCAACUGCCAUCACUGUGUGAUUUUGUGUCACUGGAGAAGCUGGAUGUCAGACACAACUGCCUCUCAGAGCUGCAGAACCUGUGUGAGAGUCUGCAGGGAUGUCCACUCCUCCGAGAGGUCCAUCUCACUGGGAAUCCCCUUCAGCAAGAGACCAGCUGGAGGUCCAGUCUGCAGAGGGCUGUGCCGGGCCUACAGGCCAUAGACGGGCAGCCUGUCGGCUCCUCUCCAGCGCUGCCUCCUGGUCCUGGUCUAGUCAGGGCCCUGCUGCCUCAGGACAGCUUUCUAGCCUUCUGUCAGGCACAGCUACAGCAGUUCCACACACUGCAGCACAGCUACACCGCAGAACUCAGCGUAGCUCUACCUGCCCUGGAUGCUCUGAGGCGCUCCCUCCAGCUCCAUGAUGAAGCUGUACAGCUGGCUGAGGAGCACAGAUACGCUCACGAAUAUGGAGACACCAGCAUCACCGACAAACAAGGUGACAGUCACAGGAGUGACACCGCCAGGGUUAGCAGGAUCCCUGCCGGAAAGUCUGACGUAGAGGAUAUGGACAGACAUGGUGGUGUCGCGAGUGUCACGAUCGGGGAGCAACCUGAAAAGAAGUCCUGUGGAAACACAAACACCUGGCCACAUGUGGUUCCUCUCAUCAGCCCAGCCAAUGACAACAGUGAGAAGCAGCCUCAGCUCCCAGCAUACAGAUCCAACAGCAGUCCAGGGACUGUUUCCACUAGGCCUGAGUUGAAGCCAGCAGCGCCAGCUAGCUACACCAGUUCCAGCUCUACCUUCUCUGAGGAAAAAAUGACCCGUGCCACUGCCAAGCCCAGCAGUUCACCCAUCCCCAAAGUUCACAACAAGCUGGACCUCAAAAACAUGGCAGCUGUGUUGAUCCAACGCCACUGGAGAGGACACAGAGGACGUCAGAGGAUCCAGCUGUGUCCACCUCCAGGAGAGGGGCAAGAAGGAAGAAGAGGAAGAGAGAGGGGAAGAGGAGACACAGGACCCAGCCAUACUGGGUCAGAGCAGAGCCGUCUGGAACCAGGUUAUGCUGCAACUGCCAUCCAGGCGGUUUGGAGAGGCUUUGCUCUGAGGAGGAGGCUGGCUGCUGCUCUGGCCCAGGCUCGGUGCUUCCACCCCAGGGAUCACGAGGCCUUCGAGGAGGUGAACGUGGAUGAAUUUGUCUUUGAUGAGACGGCCCUGGAGAGAGACUGGAUGAUGACCUCUCUGCUGUCUGACGACUCACCUCCAAAAACCCUCCAUCAUUCUCCUCCAUUCCCAGACCAGCUGCUUGGUCCAAAGCGUCCUCUGAAUCUUCCAGAUGCCAACCAGCAGACCAGUCCACCUGUGCUUCUGUGGAAGCCCAAGCAGGCCUGGAUGGGUGGGGAGAGAGCAGAGCCUGCUGAGCAGAGAGUUUCCCCUGACAGCAUCAGCAGAACGAAAUCUCCUGACUCUGCGUCAGGGCUCAGUGGUCUUUCUGAGAGAUCUCCUGCCUCUGCGUCAGUGCUCAGUGGUCUUUCUGAGAGAUCAGAGAAGAUUCUGGAGGAGUGGGGGUUCAGAGACAGCCACACUGCUCUGAUGAUGCUGAAGAGAGCUCAGAAGAUGAAGUCCAAGAAGCAGAGGCAGAGAAAACUAUUGGACACAACUGUACGCCUGGCCCUUUUCAGGAACCAUAGCAACCAGCAUGCCCCUAUGGAAGCACCAAAGAAGCCCUCUCCAGAGAGGAGCGACUACAUUAAAGCUUGCCAGGCCGAACUAGCCCUGGAGGGAACAGGCAGAUUGGACCAAACGCGGUUAAACCAGCAAGCACCAGGGAGGGUGGACCAAAUGCUGGUGAACCAGGAUGCAACAGAGCAAGUGGACCAAACGCUGGUGAACCAGGAACGAACUUACCAGUGGCUCCACACCCAGCCUGUGCACUCUGACAGCAGACGCCCAGAGAGUGAUGGUUUCCUCCCAGAGAUUGACCCAGACAUACUGAAAGGAGGCAGAGUGCAGCUCGUGGCUGUAGCAGGGUACAGAGAAGGUACAGACCAGGCCCCAGUGUCGCGGGCCAGCGGAACGUCAACCUCCCCGCCUCGCAAAGAACACAAUCAAGCUCGGAGAAACUUUAUGGGGCAAAUAAACAAAGAAGCACCUUCUCCCCAAAGAGUGACCUCUGCCUCAUCUAAAAAAGAGCGCAUGUCUUUCCGGGAUAACCCUGUCCAGAUGAGUGGUGGCUGGGGAGGGGGCAAAAAAAGGGACAAACUGCACAAGUAACAAGACAUUUGUUAAUUACCAAGAAACGGGUUUAGCUGCAUUCACUGUAUGUCCAAAACAGUAAGCAUGACAACCAUCAUUCUGUUCACAGUAACUUUUUGACAGUCACAUACAGUAUAUGCAUUAUGUUGACAUUUCAUUCUGAUGUGAAACGUUUUACUUUCAUCCCCCAAAAAGUUUUGAUUGUCAUUCAUCUCCUACGCUAAAAUUCCUUGCAGCUGCCUUUUCCCUCUCAGAUCGGGCUCGGCCUCCGUGGGUCUUCUGAAAAUGAAUUAAAAGCAAUGGGAAAAGCCCAGCCCAAAUAUCUGCAGGCGCUUUCAUGCUGGUCAUUAUGCUCGGAUAUCGCUGCCUUAAUGCGACCUCAGCCAACACCGGAAAGCAUGGAGCAAAGUCCCAAAACGCUCAACAAAUGACACGCUUAAUAUGCAGACAAUGGUUGGAAAUAAGAAACAGGACCUUUCUAUUCUAAUUGUUGGGAUGUUUGUAUUUUGAUUUGAUUUAUAUUUAUUUUACUAGCUUUCCUGACAGGUCUCUGCUGCUGUGGUAUAGUGUCCUUUUGGUAAAAUAAAAUAUAGAUUUAGAAUUGGGUCACGUGUG